CAGACUCAAAAAAUGGCGGACGAAGUUGAGCAGCAACCAACCACCAACACGGUAGAGGAGCCUCUGGAUCUGAUCAGACUCAGUCUAGAUGAAAGGAUCUACGUCAAAAUGAGGAACGACAGGGAGCUCCGCGGCCGCCUGCACGCCUAUGAUCAGCACUUGAACAUGAUCUUGGGUGAUGUUGAGGAGACCGUGACGACAGUAGAGAUUGAUGAGGAGACUUACGAAGAACUCUACAAGUCGACCAAAAGGAACAUCCCCAUGCUUUUUGUGAGAGGAGACGGCGUUGUCCUGGUAGCUCCACCUCUCAGGGUGGGCUAACCCCGCCCUCCUUCCGUUGUGACGGUGGGAAGUCCGUAAUGCCGGUGCAGAUUUGGAGGACAGCGCUGAUGUUAUCAGCUGAAACAAACAUCUUCAUCAAGCCUUCGCCCUCCUGAGUGACAAAGUUAGAAACGGCAUUUUACAAGGAAAUAUACAAACAAUUGAGUGGGAAAAAUAAAACAAAGAGGACUCCA